CAAAAUAAGACAUGUGGAGACAGAACUUCUCAGGAAUGCUGCAUUUUUUCCUCUUCAUUUUGCGCUUCACCACACUCUUAUUUACAAUAUCUUUUAAAUAUACAUCGGCAUGAAAACAAAAUCGUAUAUUACAGCCAACGAAUGUUGUCGUAUACUAUUGAUACUGAGAUAGAAUGUGUACUAUUUGGCAAAGUAGCUAGUUGGAAGUUAGCUACAAGAUUGGUAAUAUAACAACAGUACAGUUAUUGAGAGAAUGAAACUGCGUUCUUUAUAUUUUUGUGGUUGAUGUGUUUUUAUAAUUAAAGACGAAAACUGGCAAUAUUAUAUCCAGGAUAUUGGAUUUGCGCAGCUGAAGAUGGAACUGCUGCCACGCACUGCUGAAGAGUUCAGCUCAGCGGAGUACUGGGAGCGCUUUUUUCGGCGCCGUGGGGACAAGGCUUUCGAGUGGUAUGGCGACUAUAAUCAACUUUGUGGUGUGCUGCACAAGUACAUAAAACCCCGUGACCAGGUGCUGGUGGUGGGUUGUGGAAACUCCGAGCUGAGCGAACAGCUUUAUGAUGUGGGCUACCGACAGCUCACCAACAUUGACAUCAGUGAGACAGUGGUGACCCACAUGAGCCAGCGCAAUGCGGAGCGCAGGCCCGGCCUGGCCUUUCUGCAGGCUGAUGCCACCCAGACCUCCUUCGAGAGCGGCAGUUUCCAGGCCGCGCUGGACAAGGGCACGCUGGACGCCAUGGCUGCCCAGGAAGAGGGGGCCUUGGCCGGGAGGAUGCUGGGAGAGGUGGGCAGGGUGCUUGCCGUGGGCGGGCGCUACGUGUGCGUGUCUCUGGCCCAGGAACACGUGGUGAAGAUGGCGGUGGAGCAUUUCGUCGAGGAGGGCUGGGCAAUCCGACUGCAUUGCCUAGGGAGUCAGGAAGGAGAGGACAGCGGCUCAGAUUCCUCCUCUUUCGCUCUGCCCGUGUUUGUCUUGGUCUGCACCAAGUUCCGCCAGCCGCCCCCGUUCCCGGUGCUGGAGAUGUGUCAGGGCGAGGACGGCCCUCCCAGGAGGGUGGCCUCCGUGCCGGAGCUGCUGUCCGCAGUGAAAGAGUGCCAGACUUACGCCCUGCUGCGGCAGAGGCUCCGCGCUGGCACCGACGCCAGCCAAAACCUCUCCCUCACCCUGUGCCAUGCCGCCACCGGCCUUCCCCGCUACACUCUCACUGUGCAGGACAGCCCGCCCACUACCAAGCUGCCCCGCAACAACCAUUUUGCCAUCUUCAUUGUGCCUCAGGGACGAGAGACCGACUGGCAGUAUGGCUCUGCUGAGGGGCGUGGCCAGCUGGCUUCCAGCGCUGCCUUCAGGCGGCUAGUCGUCGUGGCCAUGCACCGGGAUCAAGAGUACCAGGAUAUGCAGGCCGUCCAAUCAGAACUCUCCACAAUGGUGAUGGAUCUUGCCCCUCCUGGAAUGCCGGCCAAUCAGCAGGUGCCCUUCCUGUCGGUGGGCGGGGAGCUGGGCUGGAGGGAGGUGGUCAGCAGGGGCGUGAGCGCGCUCAGCGGAGGGUACUCCGUGGAGGACGUGCGCGGGGAGGAUGGGCAGCUGUAUCGCAGGCUGGUGUUCUUGGACAACGCCGGGCUGGUGCAGUCCGAGAGCCGUCUCUGUGCGCAGGGCGCCGCUGCUUCAGCUCGUAAGAAGGGCAAAAAAAAGAAGUCAAAACCAGGCCCUCCUCCGGUGGCAGGGGGCCCCUCCCCCAGUGUGGACCGGGGCUUCCUGUGCUGUGCUCACCAUGAAGUCAUGGUCGCUGGGCUGUCCCUGCUGGGGAUCGGCACUGCGGAGACAAAAGGUGUCCCUGUGUCUGUGCUGCUGGUGGGCCUGGGUGGGGGAGGACUGCCGCAGUUCGUGCGGGACUUUGUCCCCGCGGCAUCCGUCGAGGUGGUUGAACUGGACCCUACAAUUUUGGAGGUGGCCCAGAACUGGUUUGGUUUCCAACCAGAUGACAGAUUAAAGGUGACUUUGGGUGAUGGACUCGAACAUAUCAACAAGCUGGAAAGUCAAGGUGGACAUUUCUAUGAUGUCAUAAUGUUUGAUGUGGAUAGCAAGGAUGCUACCGUGGGCAUGAGCUGCCCUCCACCUGCCUUCGUGGAGAAGGAUUUUCUGGAGAAAGUCCGCAAUCUGCUCACUCCCCGAGGUGUCUUCAUGUUGAACCUGGUGUGCCGUAACUCCUCUCUGAGGGAGGGUGUGGUGGCACGCGUCCGAGGCGUGUUCCCUCGCGUGCUGUCGCGGGGGAUCGAGGGCGAAAUCAACGAGGUGCUUCUCUGUAUGAGGGACCAGAGUGAGCAGGAGGGAAAACCCUCUCCCUUCAGCUCCCCGGCCCUGAACAAGGCAGCUCAGGGCCUGCAGAGGGCGCUGCAGGGACACAGUGCGCCCUGCAACCCACAGAUUGACAUCAGUGCUCUGCUGGAAGACCUAAAAAUUGCAUGAGGCAAACAGGGGUGGAAAGAGAGGUUAGGUAGAUAUGACCUUGUGAGGCAGGAGACUGCUUAAAGGGCUCGUUCUUUCUGUAGCACUGUUAAAAUAUAAUUUCAGUUUAAGUGCACGUUUUCAAGGUGCACAGGAAAUUAUGUUUUUAUCCUCCAGAAAGUGAACUAUUCCUUUAAGCUCGAUUAUAGGUGGCUAUAGAGUGUAGAUGGGACAGUAGGGUAAACUCCAUACUCCAGUGAGGGGAAAAAGCAGAAAAAGCUCUUUCGCAGUUUCACCUGUUGCCCAGUUUGAAUCAAACGUCUCUGCAAGAAAUACUGGUGCAUACAUCUUGUUGUACCAAAAGAAGUAAACAUUUUUCCUUUAA